AUGAACCAAGAGUAUGGCUAUCAGAACGAACUAGAGAUGCCGUCGUGCAUGUUUCAACAGUCGCCCAAUUUGUCGUACAUGGAUUCGUGCGACCAAUCGACGCGAUCCAAACUGUACCGCUUUCACAUGGCGAAAGAAAACAGCGCCAUCAACGGCUGCCGAAGGAAACUGGACUUUACCCAAGCGUGUUCGGCAGCGGCAAUUUACGGAAUCAAACCCGGGCAACAUGUGACUGUUGCAAGAAGAAACGAGCGCGAGCGGAACCGCGUGAAGCUGAUCAACAUGACUUUCGCAACGCUCAGGGACCAUUUACCUUACGAACCGGAAACCAGUAAAAGCAAGAAAAUGAGCAAAGUGGAUACAUUAAAAGCCGCGAUAAAUUACAUCAAACACUUGCAGGAGCUUGUUGACAAUCACGACGCGGUGAAUGCGGUUUUAAGCGACGCAUGUUCGAUUGAUACAGUGCAUUUUGACUUGCGCGCAUGCGCAACCGGAACCCCAGAAAAUUCUCGGAGCGUGAACCGAGCGGAAUCCGAAGCGUCGUUUGAUGGGCUAAGUACGGAGGAAGAGGAGCUGCUUGAUUUUACCAGUUGGUUCUGA